GGUUUCUCUCCGCGAGGUGGUGGACGAGGUGGUGGCGGCAGAGGCGGUGGAGGACGAGGUUUGUAGUAGCUCACCAUGUUGUUUACAACGUGAUCUGAAGAAGUAAUGGCGAAAUGAUCUUGGCUCUCUUGUUUCUUGUGCUCCAAAGCGUGCAUUUUAACGAAUAAGUAUUGCAAUGAUAUGCGGGGAUCACGUUUCAACGAUCUAAACUUGCAGUGAAUUUUUGAUCUCCAUGAACAAAAAACGUGUUCUCAAUGCAACUCCAGAUUCUGGAAGGCUGAAGAUCGAGGAAACAUGAGCUUACUAUUCCUUUUAUUACACGCACGAUUUCCUGAUAGAUAUGAAAUAUCUGGGAUAGAGUAUGGUGAAAUUCUUAAACAACUAGAGAGAUUUUAUCAAGGCCAAGUCAAACAUCCACAGCAUGUGACUCAGCAUUCUCUCUACAUAAAAUUUUGUUGAAGGUUGUUGAGCACCCCUGCCAGCAGAGUCUUUCUUUACUCAAGAAAGACUCUGCAUGAAUUGAGUAAGAUCUUGGUUGAGCUUUCACUGCAUGUUGCUAGGAUGCAGUUCGAACCCAGGCCUAAUAGCCGUGAACUUGGUACAGCGAGCUCAGUUAUGAUCAUCAGUUUAUCAACGAAAGAAUGCUCACACUUGAAAAAACUGGUUUGAUGCGCGAAAACCAGAUUGACUAGUCAAGAAGUUUGGGCUGCGGCGACUUCAAAGAUUUGACGCAAUUCAGCUAGAGUCUCCUUUUCUCCUUCUCACUUAAUCCUUCAAGUUUCAAUAUCCUCAUACAAAUUCUCCAAACAUCUCCAUACAUUUCCUGUAAGAAUUGCUUAAGAGAAUUUGAUAAACGAUCAUGGCAUUUUCCCUUUGAUGAUCAUUUUAUUAAUUCUCAUAACUUUAUCUCAUGACAAUGUAUUGAUAUUAUUAGGAGAAAAUUGUUGUUGGUCACUACUGGCACUUAAAGGGUUAACAAGACAAAAGGAGGCUCUGCUAACAGGGUGGUUGUUGAGCUACAUGUAGAUGUUGCGGAAACCCUACAUCCUUGGCCAUCGGUAGCCAGUCAUUUUGCACCCUCUUUUUUUUGCUUCAGUUACUUAGCACCCUAUUUUUGAGUCAUCUAAAUAUGUUAUAUAUCUUGUUCUUUAGGCAAUGUUAAAGGUUACUUAGCUAGGGGGCUAAGUUACCAGGAUGAAAUGACUUGGGGGUGAUGCAAUCCAUGGCAUCACUAGUUCCUCACUUUUUUGCUUUAGAAGUUCCCUUUCUGAUAGUAUACAGAUGGAUAGCCCUUGAAAGCUCACACCCAAUGGGAUCGUCAUAACCCCGUUAGCAGAGCAUGGCAGAACUUCAUAACAUCUUGUGCAUGCAUAGCUUUUUUUUUUCCUGCUGGUUUGCAAAUAAUAAUUGUGCAGUUACUCAGUGUCAUCCUAUUUAAUAUGGCUAUUGAGACCUUUAAAAAGGGGUAAGACCCAGGUACACAUCACUUGGGGAUUGAACUUGUGACCUCCUGCUUAGUGCACCGACUGAACUAACCCUGCCUGCUCUAAAAAUAUUAUUUACUUUUCCCUUUGAUAAGUAGACUUCAAGACAGUUAAUAAACUUCAUGCUGUGUGUUUAAAUACGAGCACAUCAUUUAACUUUUGGUGUUCAGUCUUUGGACUAAAAAACUAAUGAUUUGUUUUGUACACUGUCAACAGGAGGCUUCCGUGGAGGUGGUGGAGGUAGAGGUGGCGGAUUUGGCAGAGGUGGUGGCGGAGGUAGAGGUGGCGGAUUCGGCAGAGGAGGAAGAGGCGGUAUACGAGGAGGAGGUCGAGGUAGGUUUCCCCAUUAUUACCAUUUUUCAUGGCAGAGACGGACUAAGUUUGAUACCUGUAACUUUGUUUAACUUAUGUUCCAGGGGCAGAUCCAGGAAAUUCAGAAAGGGAUGGCAGGGACACUGUUUAGUCUAUAUGUGUUGUACAUGUGCCUGUCUCAGUUCAAACCAUAUGAUGGAGAAUGAGAUCUUUAAUUUUAUUGGAGCUGACUUGUCUGUAAACAAACAUCUUAGCUUGAAUUAAUCCAUUCUCAGCUCAACAGCCUGUACACAGCCUGGAAAACUAUUACUUUUGUACCAAAACUUGCAAUGUUGACCUCACAGUUGUCACGCACAAAAGAUAGCCUUAAUGUGUAACUUUUACAUUAUGCUGGGGAAGAGGACUGUUAAACUGUUCUCAAAUGAUUACAACUUGGUCAGACAGGUCAGAUCAGAGAAAACAAAUGAGAUUCUUGUCGCACUCUGCACCUUUGCUUGCUUUCAAUGAUGUUGAGGUCUUUGUCAUUUUUCUAAGAAACUUUUCCCACAGAUAUCAAGCCAAGUACAUUGUACUGUAAAUACUCAUUCAGAGUAGCCUGAAUUUCAACUGUUCGCUCAAGUCGCAAACUGCUGACAGAUAGCUAGCAUAAGAAAAUGGCCCGCAUUUCACGACACGACUGAUGGUUUCCCUGUGAAAUGGCAUCUGAGAAACGAGUUUACAAAUUCCAUACUAAUGACGCGUCACUACUCAGACCUUGGUGGUGCUUUUGAUUGGAUGAAGCAAAUUUCUAACCAAUCAGAAGCACUAUUCAGAUCUGGGUAGUGAUGCAUCAUCAGUAUGGAAUUUAUGUGCUCAGAUGUCAUCUCACCGGGAAACCGUCAGUGGCAUUGCAAAACGGCGGCUGUUUUCUCAGGCUAACAGAUCCCCCGUAAGCAGCUUAUUAUAAAUUAAGGAAUUUCUUUGGGGAGUUUGCAACUUGAGGAGACUGCUGACAUUCAGGCGAUAGUUAAAGGCGAAAAGGGUGGGAAAGGGAAGUGAAAAAUGGAGAGAAGAAUAGUUGAUGGGUAGUAUUCUGCACACACCUGAACCAAGAAAGCCUUGCAGUUUAGGAGCAAAAUCCACCAUGCAUAGUGUUUUUCAACUGAAAUUUGAAAUCGCAUAUUUUACUUCAAAAGAAUGCAUUUUUACUAGCAUUGUUAAUACAUUUUGUUUGUCAUAAGUACAUGUAGGUAAUAUGGUGCUAAGUUUUUUUGUAUUUGUAUAACUAGGCGGUGGUGGACGUGGAGGAUUUAAAGGAGGAGCCAAAGUUACGAUUGAACCACAUCGGCAUGAAGGCAAGUACCAUGAUAAAUGUUUGUUAAAAGAAAAACAGCACAAGUUGCUUUUAGUUGUGGUGAUCUCACAAUUGCUAAUAAGCUUAAUCGUUUUGCUGUGGUAGUAAUAACAGUUGUUCAUCAGCGUAGUUUUUAGACCUGCCGUGUAUUUUCUAAUAUAAAACUAAAGAAAAAUUUCAUUUCAUUUAAAAUUUAUUAAUAGUUAUUUGCAAAAAUUUCAAACACAGCAAUAUGUGAUUUUUGCGUAUGAGAAUACAUUGUCAUGGCAGGGCAGUUACUAAAAUACUUGUGAAGUCACUUACACGCCUUUCUCAUGUUUGAUGUCUUUCUUUAGGAGUGUUUAUUGCACGUGGAAAGGAAGAUGCGUUGGUCACAAAGAAUAUAGUACCUGGAGAGUCUGUGUAUGGUGAAAAAAGGAUAUCAGUUGAUGUAAGAAUAAUGGUAUAUUUAUAAAGUAAAAACUUCUAGGAUACAAUAUCUGUCUGACUUCACUUUUUGCACCACAUUAUAUUUUGUGCCUUUAAAUUCUUCAGUGUGCAUGUACUGUACAAAACCCUUGGCAUCUAGUAAGACAGAGAGAGAGCAGGGUGCAAAAAAAAAUUGGCUUUACAGCUUUCCAUUUGGUCAAGCUGUAGCCAGUUUGCACUAGCCCAAAAGUCGUUUCAAAAAUAUCUUUUAUGAACAGGAUUGAUUAUGGUUUUUCUGUUAUUUGAAUUCCCCACGAAACUUCAAUUUCUAGUCGGGCAAGUUAACAACAGAAUUCACUUGCCUGACCACAAAAUCCACUAGCCCAGGGCUAUCAGGCCACUGGAGAGAUUUUAGUAAGUACUACAGGAUACAUAAAGAGAUUUCCAGCACAGCCUUUACCAAGUAAAACUGUUUUACCAGGGAAGUUAACAAAGGCUUUGAAACUAGACAUACACUAGUGCUUUGUAACCAUUGCAGUGGAACCCCGUUAAUACGGUCACCAGUAGGCCAAAAAAAGUUGGCCAUAUUAACGGCUGACCAUAUUAACAAGGUUUUUUCUAACAAGAAAAUGUAUGGCCGUUUUGCUGGGCGGCAAGAAAAAGUGGCUGUAAUAACGAGGUGACCGCAUUACUGAGGUGGCCAUAAGGCGGGGAUCCACUGUAUAUUGGUAUCAUUCAGUUUUAGGAUUUAAAAGACAUAAGCUGCUCUCUAUGUUGAUUUUGUAGGGUGCAGCGGAUGCUGAAAAAAUUGAAUACAGAGUUUGGAAUCCUUUCCGUUCAAAGCUUGCGGCUGCCAUUCUUGGUGGAAUUGACAAAAUUCACAUGCCUCCUGGUUCCAAAGUGUUGUACCUUGGAGCGGCAUCAGGAACAACAGUGUCUCAUGUCUCUGACGUUGUUGGACCUGUAAGUAUGACAUACAAUGAACAACCGUAUGAUUGCCAAAAAUUAAUUUUAACUUCAGUUUAGAACGAUUUUUGCAUGACCUUGAAAUGAAAACACACGAACAAAACAGAAACAACAAGGGAACAGAAUUAGAACGGUUUGAUUGGUUUAUCUAACAUGCGUGGCUAUUGGUUGGUUAAGUGAACAUGCGGGUGAAACUUCAUGNAUUGAAUACAGAGUUUGGAAUCCUUUCCGUUCAAAGCUUGCGGCUGCCAUUCUUGGUGGAAUUGACAAAAUUCACAUGCCUCCUGGUUCCAAAGUGUUGUACCUUGGAGCGGCAUCAGGAACAACAGUGUCUCAUGUCUCUGACGUUGUUGGACCUGUAAGUAUGACAUACAAUGAACAACCGUAUGAUUGCCAAAAAUUAAUUUUAACUUCAGUUUAGAACGAUUUUUGCAUGACCUUGAAAUGAAAACACACGAACAAAACAGAAACAACAAGGGAACAGAAUUAGAACGGUUUGAUUGGUUUAUCUAACAUGCGUGGCUAUUGGUUGGUUAAGUGAACAUGCGGGUGAAACUUCAUGCCUGAGAACUUUUUAUAAAUCAAUUGAUACUUCGCUUUGAUGUCAUACUGUCAUACUGUUCGACUGGCUAAUCGAACAAUGCCUUCUCUAUAUUAGGGUUUUCUUUGGUGGGAAAACAAAGAGUCCAUGUUUUGAUCUUGUCAUCCAUCGGCUGAUAAAACAAAAAAUGAACGUGUAUCAAAACCAUUUUUCAAGGUCAUACUCUAUUUAGUUUAUAACAAGUUAUAAGUUUGUCACAAGGCUCUCCCCUAGCAGCACCCUGUGGCCCCUGGUGCCUUACUUUCACUCUUGGGGGCCAAAAAAAAUAAAUUAAAAAAAAUAAAUAAAUAAAUUUAUUACUUGUAUUGUGCAAAUUACAAGUGUACAUGAUCAAAUGCGCAUCACAUAUAAAAGCAUAUUACUAACAAAAAAACUAUAAAAAGUUAAAUGUGCAUGAUCAAAAAUUUACAAAAUAUCUAUUGGAUCUGAUAAAAAGCCAGUUUAAAAAAAGUCUUAAGCAACAUUUUAAAGGUAUUAAAAAUUUUCCCAUUAUGAAUAUUAAGGGAAAACUGUUCCACAGUUUUGGUCCCAUUGCCAAGAAGGUGCAGUCACCAACUUUCGUGCGAGCAAUAACUCUUGGAGCUUGUAGGAGGAGUCCUACAUACCAAUCCUAUGGUGGGUACCCUGCGCAAUGUAGAUUUCAUAGCUAGGUUCAGAGCACUGGUCUCGCUUCAAUUUUUCUUAGAGCGCAGCUUUUGUGGCCCAGAGAUCAGCUUUCUGGGUUCCCAAUCUUGAAACCCCAGGUUUGAAUCGUCUUUUGAGCACUAGCUGAAGUAGCUGUAUUUCACACGAGCCCCAAGUUUAACUUCUCUGCCACACCCAUAAACAGUCAACUGGCCACAUCCAGCCCAUCGCUGUAAGAUAAGAUGGGUUGUUCCUUUUAGAUUAAAAUUGUGAUUACAUGUGUGUGAAUGGAGUGCCUGUUAACUAGCUUGAGCAGUUAGUUGAUAAACAAGUGCACUAGUAACCAAGAUUUAUUUGAGUUUUGUCUGAAUAAUGGUUUAUUAUUUUGCACUCAAACAAUUUCAAAGAACUUUUCCUAUGCUUGGCAACCUUUAGCUAGUGGAUGUGUCUGCUCAGUGACUUUUCACUCGUUCCCUGUUGCCAACAGUAAUCAAGCGUUAAGCAUCUCUGAACUUCCUUGUUAAUUUUGACUACAGCUAGCUUGGAAGGAAUUGCUUUAUGCUACAUGUUCAACAACACACAAGUGGAGCAUUCAACAUACACAUACAGUGAAACCUGUAUUAAUUGUUUGCCUGCUCCUACAAGUGUUGAGGAGUCAAAUACCAUUCAAUUGAAUGGUGGAAAUGUUUGGAAUACUGCCAGAGACCAGGAUAUACACUGUACUGAGUUUUUUGUAUCUGACGUCACCUCAAAUGUGAAGAGGUCAAAAUGAGUAAAAUGAAGGUUUCGAGUACACAUUGCAAGGUGACUGAUUUUCUUGAAAACUAGCUGUAAAGGCAUUGUGUACGUACCUGUAUGUAUUUUGAAUUUCUUUUUUGCUUGUGGCUUGUGUAUUUGACAAUAUUGAUGCAACUUGAUGUGACAUGGUUAGCUCUUAGACUGAACCAACAGAAAUGAGAAGAUCAGUCAAAAUUAUGUAUAUUUCUUUGUUAUAUCUUCUAGGAUGGUCUUGUGUAUGCAGUUGAAUUUUCUCACAGAUCGGGACGUGAUCUCAUUAAUGUAGCUAAGAAAAGAACAAACGUUAUACCAAUUAUUGAAGAUGCAAGACAUCCUCAUAAGUACAGAAUGCUGGUUGGUGAGUAAAGAAAAUGUUGUAAACUUCACAAGAUUAUUCAAGAAAGAAAAGCUCAGCCUGAGAGAAAACAGCCACUGUUGGUUUCCUCGUGAAUUCAGAAAUGACGUGUGACCAAAGACUGCAGAAAUUCCAUACUGAUAGGCAUCACUACCCAGAUCUGGGUAGUGCUUCCAAUUUGCUUCCAAUUGGUUGAAGCAAAUUUCUCUUGUGGUAUAACCAAUCAGAAGCACUACCCAGAUCUGAGUAAGUGACACAUCACCAGUGUGGAAUUNUGUUAUAUCUUCUAGGAUGGUCUUGUGUAUGCAGUUGAAUUUUCUCACAGAUCGGGACGUGAUCUCAUUAAUGUAGCUAAGAAAAGAACAAACGUUAUACCAAUUAUUGAAGAUGCAAGACAUCCUCAUAAGUACAGAAUGCUGGUUGGUGAGUAAAGAAAAUGUUGUAAACUUCACAAGAUUAUUCAAGAAAGAAAAGCUCAGCCUGAGAGAAAACAGCCACUGUUGGUUUCCUCGUGAAUUCAGAAAUGACGUGUGACCAAAGACUGCAGAAAUUCCAUACUGAUAGGCAUCACUACCCAGAUCUGGGUAGUGCUUCCAAUUUGCUUCCAAUUGGUUGAAGCAAAUUUCUCUUGUGGUAUAACCAAUCAGAAGCACUACCCAGAUCUGAGUAAGUGACACAUCACCAGUGUGGAAUUUCUGUAAUUGUUGCUCAGACGUCAUUUUUUCAACUAAUGGUGGCUUUUUGAAAUGUAGUUGCCCAAGGCAAAAGUAGGUUGCCAUGGGCCACGGGGCCAGUUGAAAUGACUUGUGGGCUAGUACAUGCUAGCUACAGCUUGCCCGAAUGGCAGGCUGUAAAACUAACUUUCUUUGCACCCUGGGUAAGCACCUGUAGUGUAACAAGUUGUGUGAUACACAAAACGAUAUUAUUUUGACUUAUUACCUGAAUUGAGAAAGACAAUGUUCACACAACACUGGACCAAUUUUCGACAGGUUGAAAAUUUGUGCAUUUAGUUGUUCUGUUCACACAGGACCACCUUAACAGUACCAAAAUUCAGUUGCCUAGUGGUUCAAAGUUCCUGGUGAAAAGAGUGAAGAUACUGAACUGUUCCAUAUGAGGGAAGUGUCCGGUCAAAUUUUUCAGUCAGUUGAAAAUUCAUCUGGUGCUAUGUGAUUGUAACCUUCGUCAAUUUGCUUUCAAGGGCAUGGCCAGCCCAUAGACCUGUAGGCCCCAGUCUAUAAAUUUUUGGUUGCAUCAUUCUACCACUUGUAGUAAAUUAUAUGUCGCUGGGGUGAGCUAAAAAGCUUAAGAGUUCAAGGUGUUUGUGAGGUCAGUACAUACUAGUCAUGCGUGCAAUUUUCAGGAUAUGUGGAAAUAAAAGUCAGCCAGGCCUAUAAAUAGCCAAAAAGCUGGCUACGUUGCCCCUGGCUGUUGUAAAACAGUCCAAAAUGUGACAUUUUUUUAUUGCUAGAAUUGGAAUGUUACCGUGUAGCGCUGCAGUGAAUCAUCUGCAGCUUUUGAAUAUUUUUAUGGUGGUUAUUGACUUUACCAAAGUUCGCAUUUUUCUUCCAAACAAAUUGAUGCAUCAUCCAUACACGUUAUGAAUCUUCAACCUACGAGUUGCUGAUGGUUAACCAUUUUAAAUUAACUGGAUCUCUUAAUCUCAUUACCUUUUAGGCAUGGUGGAUACUAUUUUUGCUGAUGUUGCUCAGCCUGAUCAGGCUCGUAUCGUUGCUAUAAAUGCUCACAAUUUCCUUAAAAAUGGAGGGCAUUUUGUCAUAUCAAUAAAGGUCAGUAAAGUACUUUGUACCUAUAGUAAGAUCCCAGUUUGUAAUAAGAUCCCCCCCAAGAUAUAAGCCUCCAUUGCAAAAUUGAAUCAAGCCUAGGCCAACUCUCCCCUAUUAUCUGGCAGUAUCCCAGAAAUGGCAAAAAGUUAUUAUUCCAACCUCCUGCUAGGGGUUCCAAAUUUCCCAGAUAAAUUUUAUUUGUGAGCUUUUCUGUGAGUUUAGAAUUAACCUCAUUUCCUCCCAAAUUCAGAAAAAGGUUUCGAUCAUACGGGAUAAGACUGUGUAUAUAAGGUUCUGAAAUACACCCAUGUGAUGUGGUUGAUGUAGCCUGUGUUGCAGCCGGCCCACGCACUUGUCUUAACCAUUUGUAUAGUGGUAUACAGAACGUUUAAAGCAUCUGCGACGCAGGCAGGGUUGAUGUUGGGGGGUUCUACAAAGGUAAUGGUUCCCAGAUUUUAGAUCUCCAGAGGUUGGCAUCUCUAUAUCAAAUCUGGGGUUGAUUGUUUGACAGUCUAUGAACACUUGACAACCUUACCUAAUGUACAGUCAAGCUUGAAGUAUCUACCCCUUUAAAUUUUCAUAUGUUUAUUUUUAGGCGAAUUGCAUCGAUUCAACGGCAGAACCUGCUGCAGUAUUUGCUGGUGAAGUGAAAAAAAUGCAAGCUGAAAAAAUGAAACCUCAGGAACAGUUAACGCUGGAACCAUAUGAAAGAGACCAUGCUGUUGUUGUUGGAGUGUACAGGUAAGUGUUAGAUACGUAGCUUGCGUGUAGAUGUCUCCUUCGUGUAUUUCCUUUUUCUUUGUUGAAUGCAUGCAACAGCAGAAAUAAGAAGCAAUAGAUAAAUACUUAAAACUUACUGUACUUGAAGCAGUCAAUACCCUAUGUCCUUGAAUACUGUAAGCACCAAGGAAAUUGGUAAGCUAAAACUAAGUUCAAUUAGGUUCUGGGAAACUGCCCACCUACCCCUUCCCAAAGCUAAUAUUAACACCUACUUCUCACUUAGGGCAAAAUGCUGGCUUAGGGGAGGGGUAGGUGGGCAGUUCGUUAGAAACCUAAAUUGAUGCCUAAGUUUUUGUCAAAGGGUUCCUGUUAUUAAUUUGUCAUUUUCUUUUUUAAUCUUCUUUCCAGACCGCCCCCAAAGAAGGACAAGCAGUAG